UUCCUUUUCUUGCUUCGCCUCUUCUACCUUUAUCACUGCACAUGCACAACACAACCAUGCUCUCUUCCCUUCUCAUCUAACUUCAACAACCAACUAUUCAUACACAUAUGCAUAGUGAAGUUCUUGUCUUUUUUACCACAAAAUUAUUAUUUUAUUUUCCGUUUGGGUGGGACAGUGUUUGCAGAAGAAGCAAAAAACGUGGAGCAUGUGGUUCCUCGUAACAGCAACUAGGAUUGACCAUCUCAAUCCAACCAUGCAAUCCUCAAUGCCUCCUACUACACCCAACACAAAAAUCUAGUCAUCACAAACUUGUCGCGUGUUUUCUCCAGGAACAAAACAAAACAAAAGUGGAAGUGGAAGUGGAAAAGUGGCGCUUGUUUAUGAGGAGAGGACAAGGGAAUAUAAUAAUAAAAGGUAAUGAAGAAGGGGUGUUAUGUUAUGUUAUAUAUUCUCUGGAGUUUUUGUAGGGUGUGCCACCUAUUGUGCAUUUAAACCCAUCUUUCAUAUUUAAUGAGGUAUGCAGAGAAAUAAUGAUGAUUGCAUCUUCUCUGUUAUUAUUAUGGAGUGAAAAACCCCUAUGUCCUUUCAAAUUCAAGAAAACCCUCUCUGGAGGCUAAUUUCACUUUCAUUGACAGCUUCUACCUGUGUGGUGGUGGGUAAGUCAGAGAAUUAAUGGGUCUUUAGAUGCAGUUCCAGGUGGUGUUCUGUGGAGAAGACAUAUCCCUAUGCUCAUUUAAGACAUAUUCUCCUUUUCACAUACAUAACACAUCAUCACAUACCAUGUCUCUUUCUCAAUAACUCAACUGCUGCUCUUUUCAGGUGUCCAUAAACGGACACUGCUUGUUCUUUUUAAUUUCCUAUUUAAGAGAUACACCCACCUAUACCCUUUCUUUGCUUUACCAUUCCCUUUCUCCAUUCUCCAUUCUCCUUCUUCCUUCUCCGAAUGGAGCCAUUCGCUGGAGAGGAAUGUCACAGCAGUGAAUCUGGAUGGACCAUGUACAUUGGGUCCCCUAUGGAUGAUGCUGGCCACACCGAUGAUGCUGCUGACAACGACCACCAAGCUGUUCAAACUGAUCCACAGAAUGCUGAUGAUGAUGACGAUGAAGAUGAGGAUGAAAGUGAUGAUGAUUCUAUGGCUUCUGAUGCGUCUUCUGGGCCAAGUCAUCUUCAUGGCUUUCCGGAAUUUUUCCAGCGAGAUGCUGAAGAGGAAUGUGAUGCAGCCAAGUGUUGCUUAGAGAAGAAGCCAAAUAAAACCCAACACAAGCAAAUGGAAGGGAAAAAGGUGGAAAACAAAGGGAUGUUAUUCGUCGCUACCAAAGGUAAGUCUCCGGUUCAGGGCUGUACCAACGUGAAAAAAAGAAACUUUGUGGGGAAAAGGAAAUAGGCAUGUUUUUUCCUGCUCCACGCCUUAGUUUGUUGCUUAGCUUAAAUAAUUUAUAGCUGCAAUUACUGACUUGCAUUAACCACAGCAUGCAAGGAUUCAAGGGUAUGGAUUGAUG